CCUCCCUCCCCCUCCCCAAGGCCGCCAACCCCUCUUCUCCCCACCUGCACACUUAGCAUUAACUGUCAAUUAGCAUUGACUUUCAAGCACCAAUGAGAAGUAAACAGUAUCUCAUUCUAAUCAUUGUAGUUAAACAAUUUCACUUUCAGACACACCUAACUACCAAAGAGAGCUCAAUCCCAUUCAUUCUGUUGUGCCCCCACUAAUUUGAACCUUGAACUAAUCAUGACAGUUGGAAUGACAGUAAAAUCCAAGAGACUGCUGUGUAUUCAUAUACAAAUUUUACAUUGUCAAUGCUAAUAAUGACUAAUUUACAAUAGUAAUUAAUAUAGAUUCCCAUUUACGCCAUUUUUAAAAUUCUUGAUUAGUAAUUUCAUAGGCUACAAUGUCUUCCUAGUUGCAGGCAUAUUCCAGGAUGAUCACUAGCUGUUAAUUAAUGUUAUGAAAGCCAUUAUGAGUAUUAAACUUCCCAGGAUGAUUACUAGCUGUUAAUUAAUGUUAUAAAGGCCAUUAUUGAAUAUUAAACUAUGGAGGUCUUGUUUUUUUCUUUCACAACGUAGAUGAGAAAAGAAAAGGAAUUGUAAAAGUCCAAAAGAAAAGAAUAAACCUAAGAAACAAAACACAUUUAGAAUAUGGUGCCCAUUGUUGUUCCUUUGAGCUUCUGUUAGCCGGCAACCACAUCCUUGUCAAUGCAAGCUAAAGACAAAUUUUGUGAUUUUGUUUGAUUAUUAAAAAAUUUCAAUCGGACGGUGCAUCCGAAACUUUCUCAAUCAUUUUCUGCCUACAAAAUUCUAUUUAGUAAUAGGCACGGGAUCCUCUGUACCUAAAAAGUAGCUGUCAUCCUGUCCCAUAUCCUCACAGACACACGAUCUGAUCUGGUAUGAAUUUUUCUAUACUUUUCUUGAAAAUGCAAAAAAUCAAAUCCAACACCACAUUCCAAUCAUUGGAAUUCCAAAAAUUUGUAGUGCAAACAAGCCUGCCGUCAACAAAGUUCUCUUCUAAAGAGUAACUCAAAUAUAAGAUCUAUGCUAAAAAACUUUGCCCUCUUGUCUUUGUUUGCAUAAUAAAUGCAAGAACUCAUGCCUCAGAAACCUCAAACUCUAGAUUUUAUGGUUUCUUUAUAGUAGGACCAUAUGAUAUGGAUGAAUCCAUAUUAUACACUCAUAACACUAAAUACCCAAAACUAUGCUUUAUUAUCUACAUCUUCAUCUUGACCACCACCAUCAAGUUUUCGGUUUCUCAGCCUUCCAGCGAUUGUGAUCUUUACUUGCAAAUUAUUCCACCCCCAAAUAGCUCAACUUGUGAAUGGGGAGAGUGGGGAGGUUUCCUAGAUAACCGCUGCUGUGGAGGAGCAUUUAAUGACUACCUCAAUGUGUUGGGAUGGCGGGCGAAUCAAACAGGUAAAAUAUUCUUGAAUGACACUGAACAGACGGAUUGCUUGACUAAAGUGAUCGUGGGUUGUGGGAUUGAGAAACUGACAAGUGGCAGUGGUGGCUGUUCCGAUUUCUCUGUUGAUGAUGUCACUCACAAGUUGGGAGAUAAACUCAGAAAUUUACGGGAAAAUUGCCAAUUUCUGAGCCCUGAUGAAGAGAAUCAGUCAUGCCGUGAUUGUGUGAGGAGUUGGAAAGACAUAAAAGGAACACACUCAGAUCAAAAUGGCCAACCUGCGGAGACUGAAUCUGAUCUAUGCAGGUUUGCUGUGUUGGUAUCAUUAACAAGUAGUCAGAUUGAAGAUCGGACGUGGGAUGGAAAAAUUUACAAAUGCCUUGGGAAGCAGGACAACUACACUGAAAAUGCAACAGUAAAUAUUGCAGAAAAUAGAACAGGAAACAAUAAAAAUAACUCAGAUAAAAUUGGGAUAAUUGCAGGUGUCGUUGGGGCUUCAGCGAUUAUCAUUUUCUUUACAUUGGUCAUGUUAAAAAAGAAGUGGUAUAAAUCAAACGUGGCACCCAGGAAAAAUGCAUCGAAGUGUGUAUUACCAGACAAAUCCGGUAACCUAAAACUCUCAGUUAGGGAGGUUUAUGCUGCCACAAACAAUCUAAGUGAAUCAAAUUUCAUCGGGGAAGGAACUGUAGGAAAGGUAUAUAAAGGGAUACUGUCAAAUAAGAAGCCUGUUGCAGUUAAGCACAUUUUCAACGACAAACAUGUACAGACUUUCCUGAGGGAAGUUAGCAGCCUCUCAUGCAUCAGACACCCAAACCUCGUGGCUUUGCUUGGUUGUUGUGAAAAUGAAGAUGAAUUUUUCCUUGUACAUGAACUGUGUCCGAAUGGAAACCUUGCAGAGUGGCUUUUUGGGAAGGAUAAAGUACUCACCUGGAUUCAAAGGCUCGAGAUUGCAAUUGAUAGUGCGCGAGGACUUUGGUUUCUCCACACAUACCCCAAAGGAUGCAUUGUUCACCGUGAUAUCAAGCCAACAAACAUACUCCUUGGGACAAACUUUGAAGCCAAACUUUCAGACUUUGGAUUGUCGAAGGUUAUUGACCCUGGUGAAAGCUAUGCGAGCUCAGAAGUAAGAGGAACUUUUGGCUAUGUUGAUCCUGAGUACCAAAGCAACAGCAAAGUAAAUUCUUCAGGUGAUGUCUACAGCUUUGGGAUAGUACUUCUGCAGAUCAUUUCUGGGAAGAAGGUUAUAAACAUGAAUCUCAAUAGACCAAUCUCACUAGACAAAAUGGCGAAAUCUCUCAUCAGAGGUGGCAGCAUAGUAGAAUUUGUGGAUCCAAAACUCAAUGCAGAGUACUCGUCAGAAGCUUUUGACAUGACAUUUAAACUAGCUGUGUCAUGCACAUCGCUGAAACAAAAACGACCAUCCAUGGAACAAGUUGUCCAAACACUGGAAGAGGCCCUGAAUAUGUCAACAAGGGAGACAGGUUCUACUCCUUAUGCUACACCAGAUCAUCCUUCAACACCAUAAUAGAGAAUUCUUGAGUAGCUUUUCACAUUUUGAGA